CGGCUCCGCCCCGCCGAGCGUCCAGAGCGCCCAGUCCGUCGGCCAGCUCGUACCGUGCUCUCGGCCCCGGGGCACCUCGCUGUCGUCCUCCCGACGCGCGCGUCCCAGGCCUCGCGCCGUCCCGCCGGCCAGUGGGCUCCCGGCGGCCUACUCUGUCCGCGCGUCCUCCCGCGAGCCCCCGGCCCGCCUCGAGCCCCUCGCGCCCUUGUCCUCGGCGCGCGCAGCAUGGCGCUCCCCCACGUCCUUGCGUUCGGGCUCCUGCUCGUCGCAGCGACGGCGGCGGUGGCCGCGGCCCAGGAAGGAUGUGUGUGUGAAAACUACAAACUGACCACAAACUGCUCUGUGAAUGCGCAUGGUCAGUGCCAGUGUACUUCAAUCGGUACACAACAUUCCAUCAUUUGCACAAAACUGGCUUCCAAAUGUUUGGUGAUGAAGGCAGAAAUGAGUGGGUCAAAGGCUGGGAGAAGAGUGAAACCAGAGGGUGCUAUCCAGAAUAAUGACGGGCUCUAUGAUCCCGAGUGUGACGACAAGGGGCUCUUUAAAGCCAAGCAGUGCAAUGGCACCUCCACGUGCUGGUGUGUGAACACUGCUGGGGUCAGAAGAACCGAUAAGGACAGUGGAAUAUCCUGUUCCGAGACAGUGAGGACCUUCUGGAUCAUCAUUGAACUAAAACACAAGACAAGAGAAAAACCUUAUGAUGUUCAAAGUUUGCAGGCUGCACUCAAGGAGGUAAUCACAAGUCGUUAUCAGCUGGAUCCAAAAUAUAUCACAAAUAUUCUGUAUGAGAAUGAUGUUAUCAUUAUUGACCUGGUACAAAAUUCUUCUCAGAAAACUCAGAAUGAUGUGGACAUAGCUGAUGUGGCUUAUUAUUUUGAAAAAGAUGUUAAAGAUGAGUCCUUGUUCCAGUCCAAAAGGAUGGACCUGAGAGUAAAUGGGGAACUACUGGAUCUGGAUCCUGGUCGAACUUCAAUUUACUAUGUUGAUGAAAAACCACCUGAAUUUUCAAUGCAGGGUCUACAGGCUGGUAUUAUUGCUGUCAUUGUGGUUGUGGCAGUAGCAAUUACUGCUGGAAUUGCUGUGCUGGUUGUUUCCAGAAAGAAAAGAAUGGCAAAAUACGAGAAAGCUGAGAUAAAGGAGAUGGGUGAAAUGCAUAGGGAACGCAACGCAUAACACUAAUUUGAAGAGUAACUAUGAGGGAAAUUAGCAAACAGACUCAGAUUACAGACGUAUGAACAUGGGGCAAAGAGAAGAUCUUUGAAGACCACUAUUGUGUUAGUUAACAUCAUAUAUUUGUAACAGUUAAACCUGUACUCAAAAUAUAAGCAGUUUGAAAUUGACUUUAUUAAUCUUAAAAUUUGACCACAAGUGUCAUAUAUAUGCAGAUCUGAUAUAAAACCCAGAAUUUGAACUGCGUAGUUUGAAUUAUUUAUGCCUAACACUGAAGGGUAUGCGUUAAAUAUGCUUCCACAGUAGAGUCUGAGUGACUACUGUCUCAUCUGUUUGUGAUUAAAUAGCUGCCUUUCUGUCUACUUUGAGUCUUGUACAUAUAAAUGUUUUUUAUGAACUAUGAAAUAAAACAUUUUAAAAAUGA